CUAUCAAGUGCGUCUGCGCUGUACACUCAUAGCCGGCGGAAGGCAUCAGAUCGGACUCAUUUACACUGCGAAUUAGAUGAUGAACGCACAACAGUCGACGGCAAGUCCACAUCAGGACGAUUUCGAGUUGCGUCUGUCUGUCAGCGUUCCUCGCCAUUCGGCCAUGUAUCACGUUUGUGAUGUCGAUAUGACAGUCGGUGAGUUUCAGAGACAUGUUGCGCGUCAGGCUGGACUUGCCGAUUGCCACCUUCGUCUGUAUCACAGGGAGAGAAAGCUACCACCAGACAAGACACUUCGUGGAGUUGGUAUUAAAGACACUGAUUUUCUUGUUCUAAAAAGGGUGCAACGAAGAGUUUACGAUCCAUUAGGAAAUGGCAGUACAAGAUCUCAAGACCAGAAGGAUUGCUUUUUGCAUAAGUCGCAUGGUUCCUCGUUCUCUCCUAUUUCUGUGGAUCAAGUGUCUGCUUCUGAUCAACAUGUAGCAAGAGGCGAAGACGAGGAUGUAGUAGAUGAAGAAGAUGACGAGGGACCAGAAGGACGUUUAGUUGUAGAUGAGGACGAUGACAGCAGUCAUGAGUUAGCAAGGAGAGACAUGCCAGACAGGAAGGUGUCGACUGCUAGUGAUGGCUUAUCAACAGUAGGAAUUAGGCAAGGUCUUGGAUCUUUCUCUCUUUCUCAUAGCAAGGAAGGCGAACAAGUUCCAUCAUUAAAUUUUACAAAAUUGACUGAAACAGCUGCUGAAGAACACAAGAAACUGGAAGCUGCCAGGCAUCUUGAGCUGCUUAGUUCAGGCAGAACAGUCGGUGAUGAAAGCCUACACAGAAAAGAACCGUUUGACCAGAGUAGUGCUUCUUCGCUUCCAUUUGGUUGCCCUCCUGGUUGGCAUUUAGCUGUCAGUGCUGGAGCAGCUUCUGUUAUGAACAACUCACAGCAGCAACUCGCAGCAAGGAUGACACAUCCUUUCCCUAAUUAUUACAAAUCACCGUUUAUUGGACAUCCUCCUACCAUGGUGACACAUCCUAUGCUGCCGUUACAUUGUCUACCUGGAUUACCUCCUCUUAUUCAGAUUGCACAGCAAGCAUUCAGACCGCCAAUGCAAGCAUCAGAAAGUGUUAAUUCGAACUCUGUUUGUCAUAUGGAGAGAAUUCGAGCAAGUACAUCGCCAACACCUAUGCAAAGUGAUUCAACAACUAUGUCACAACGAGACAAUCGAGUGCAGCCAUCGGCUCUUUACAAAUCUCUACCAAAAAGUAAAGUCUCUAUGUGUCAAUGUCAUUGUCUGUAUUGUCUUGAUAUUGAUAUGAAUGAAUGAAUGAAUGAAUGAAUGAAUGAAUGAAUGAUUUAUUUCUGUUGCAUCUAAGUAAAAAUAUGUGUGAGGGUGAGAAAGUAAUCACAUUUCUUGGUUCAUCUUUAAUAAUUCUUACCUUUCUUGUUGGCAUUCUGUUAAUUGGCCUUCUGCCAUAUUUGUUUUAAUUAUUACUCUGGUUAUUCGUGUCUGGUGCUUGUCAGAUAUUUUGUGCAUUUUCUGAUCAAUAGCAAUAUUGGUCAAGUUUUACGUGAAUUUUAGGAGAAAGCUAGUCAAUUGCUGAACGAAACCAUUUGUGCAAUAGUGUCAUACAACUAGAUAUACACUCUUCUAGGUCAUAAUUGCAUCACAGGAACAUUGUGUAACCAGAGUCAUUUCCAGAUUUUGUCAUUAUGCAAAGGUCUUUGUGUGAGAUUAUCUCAAGGUUGUCAUAUAUGGUUGCUUGUACUUUUCAUUUUCAUAAUAAUGUUUUCAGUUUGGCUUUUCUUUGGCAGUCGUCAUGCACACUAUCCAGACAGCUUUAUCAAGUGACAGUCACUAUCA